CUAUGGAGUGCUCCGUUCACUCCCAACAAAAACUGUUGCAAACCAACCAGUGACAGUUUUGCGGUGGGAAUCAGAACGUUUCUCCAGUUUCUACACAAAAUUACCCGUUUUCUAAACUAAAUUUAAAAACAAAAAGCCAUGAACUGUUCCUGUGCGGCGGAACGUUGUCCGCAUCUGCAGUACCUGCGGACGCUGCUGGAGAACAGCACCACGGAGCAGAUCCCGUACGCGAGCCGGCAAACGUCGACGUCGGAAAAUGCAACCGUCUGGCAGCGCUGGAAGCCGUGCGUCAUGCAGACGAUCAAACUUUCCGGCUGUGUGCUCGAAACCGUGAUGCUGCUGUGGGUGACCCUCACGCGUAUUUGCCUUCAAAUCUGGCUCAAGCUGCUGGAUGCAAAUCGAUCCGCUCUGGCACUGUUCCUGUUCUUCACCGUCUCGUUGAUCUGCUCGAUACUGGGUAGCGUGCACGCGGCCGUGUCAAGGUAACUGUAGACGGAUUGAUGAAACCUUAAACCAAGAAUUACAACCCCAAUCGAUGACCCUCGAACCAAGGGGCAGAUAGUAUCUCGGAACUCGGAACCGGCAGAUGCGCGCGGAAGUGAAGGUUUUGCCGGCUGAAGAAUAAGUCGUUUGGAUUUAAAUGCGCUGGCUACAGAGCCUUCCACCCUAAUUGGGUCGCCCCAUUCAGGCGAACGCAACAAUGUGCGUGAUCAACACGCGCGAUGCUUCUUCAUUGUUUACUGCCGCGACACUGCAAAGCCCUUGCAAGAAACGGGUGAACACUAAUCGGUUAGCCGAAUCGAGGUUCGAGCGCAGAUCGCGAACGAAACAGUUCUGGACAAUUUUCCACCCGGCACUCGCAAUCGAUCGGCACUGUUUUCCCAUGACAAAUCGUGCACUAAUGCACGCGCGUUUCAAUUAUGGCGGUAGCAUGCAGUGAAAAAUUAAUUACAAAAAGAGCUCCUACAGAGAAACGGGGAGAUAGAGGGAAAAAAACGAGAUCUUAUUUUGAAGACGCUGCUAGCUCGCUGCUCGUCGGCGAUCUGAACGUGAUAAUUAAUAUUUUCCGGUCAGCGUCAAUCUCGGAUGGGUAAUAAGAAGCGGAUGAUUCCGCACCGACGCCACCAAUUGUCCAGUGGGUCGUUCUUGACCAGAACCUUUCCGCGUGCGGUCCCAGCGUUUGAAGGUUGCAGCGUUUUGCCUUUCUCUACCAACCCGGGGGUGUAGAAGCGUCGUGCGCUGUGAGCGAUAAUGCUCAAUAAAAUGAUGCUCACAACUGUCGUCUUGAAAUGUUUGAACUAAGAA